AUGGAAAGCAUUGGUAAAGAAUCAUUCGGUUUUUCGUUUUUCCUAAAUAAUGAUGUAUCUAUCAAUCUAUCACUUACGAAACAAUCACCAUCAUUAUCAUCAUCAUUACCAAUAGCGCCACUACCAUCAGCGCCAUAUGACAUCGAUGUAAAUGAUAAUGCGGGGUUUAACAAAAAUAUUGGUUGA